UGUGUGCGUUGAAGCGGGAGGGAUGGAGAGGAUGAUUCAUAGCCAGCUGGUCUCCCUGAGCUGAUACUCUGCCCAAGUCCCUCUCUCACAGAUUCUGUCUUCUCUUUGUCAGCACACAGCUCACUGUCCCUUGGAUGUGCUCUCUGCACCCUGCAGGAACACUGCAUUUAAACCAUGGGAAGUGGCACCUCCACCCAACAUCAUUUUGCUUUUCAGAAUGCAGAGAAAGCCUUCAAGGCGGCCGCCCUGAUUCAGAGAUGGUACCGGCGCUAUGUGGCGCGCCUGGAGAUGAGGCGGCGCUGCACCUGGAGCAUCUUCCAGUCCAUAGAGUAUGCCGGGCAGCAGGACCAAGUCAAGGUGCGGAGGGGUGUGGGAUGGAGCUGUCGCGGUGCUGCCUGCCAGCCCUCGGGCAGCGGCGGCCAGGCGCCUGGAAGGUGCUGCCAGUCGGACGCCUCGUGGGUUCUUCUUCGUGCAUCCGUAAAGCCAAAUCUCUAUCUUUGGGUUCUUCCGCAGCUCCAUGAUUUCUUCAGCUACCUGGUGGACCACUUCACCCCCAGCAGCCACAAUGAGAGGGACUUCCUGAACCGCAUGUUCACGGAGGAGCGAUUCCCCCAGGACUCCGAGAUGGACAAGUGCAGUGACUAUGAGUGCAUCGAGGUCCCGGACACUUACACAGGGCCACGCCUCUCCUUCCCUCUCCUUCCCGACCAUGCAACUGCCCUGGUGGAAGCUUUCAGACUGAAACAACAGCUCCACGCUCGCUAUGUCCUGAAUCUUUUGUAUGAAACCAGGAAACACUUGGCCCAGCUGCCAAAUAUCACCCGGGUCUCGACCUGUUACAGCGAGGAGAUCACCGUGUGUGGAGAUUUGCACGGCCAGUUGGAUGACUUAAUAUUUAUAUUUUAUAAGAACGGCCUCCCGUCGCCAGAGCGGGCGUAUGUGUUCAACGGCGACUUUGUGGACCGAGGCAAGGACUCCGUGGAGAUCCUGUUGAUUCUUUUUGCCUUCAUGCUGGUUUACCCAAAGGAGUUCCAUCUGAACCGAGGAAACCAUGAGGACCACAUGGUGAACUUACGAUAUGGCUUCACCAAGGAAGUGAUGUAUAAAUAUAAGAUCCACGGCAAGAAAAUAUUACGAACGCUCCAGGAUGUUUUCCGUUGGCUUCCACUGGCCACUGUGAUCGAUGAGAAAGUGCUGAUCCUACAUGGAGGCGUGUCAGACAGGACCGACUUGGAACUUUUGGCUAAACUAGACAGACACAAGAUCGUCUCCACCAUGAGGUACACAGCGAGGAAGGAGAGUGAGAAGCAGGCGGAGGCGAAGAAAAAAGACGACCAGGCGAGCUGCGCGCAGAGACCCAUCCCGUGGUUCCUCCCCCAGAGCCGCUCUCUGCCCUCUUCCCCCUUCCGCCUGGGCUCGGUCCCCAAGUCCCCCAAGGCCAGCCGGUCCUGCAGCAUCCCCUGCAGCAGCCCCCUCGGCCGGCAGGAGCUGUCGCGGCAGGUGCGGCGCUCCGUGGACCUGGAGCUGGAGCGCUGCUGGCGGCAGGCGGGCUUCCCUGCCGUCGGGGAGGCAGAGGAGCCGCUCUCCCCCGUGUACAAGGACCUGGAGGCUGGAGAGCUGCCCGCGGCCACUCGGGAGGAGUGGAAGCAGGUCGUGGACAUCCUGUGGAGCGACCCCAUGGCUCAGGAGGGCUGCAAGGCCAACACUGUUCGAGGAGGAGGCUGUUACUUCGGGCCUGAUGUGACGGAAGCAUUGCUUCAGAAAUACAACCUGCAGUUGCUGAUCCGCUCACACGAGUGCAAACCUGAAGGCUAUGAGUUCUGCCACAACCGCAAGGUGUUAACCAUCUUUUCUGCCUCCAACUACUAUGAAGUCGGCAGCAACAGAGGGGCCUACGUCAAACUGGGGCCAGCCCUGACCCCACAUAUCGUGCAGUACCAAGCUAACAAGGCAACCCACAUGCUAACCAUGAGGCAAAGGAUCAGCAGAGUGGAGCAGUCGGCUUUGAAAGCUCUGCGGGAGAAGUUAUUUGCUCACUCCUCAGAUCUUCUGAGUGAAUUUAAGAAACGUGAUACAGAGAAGACUGGUCUCAUCAGCCUGGGGGACUGGGCCGCGGCGCUGGAGUCCGUGCUGCGCCUGGGGCUGCCGUGGCGGAUGCUGAGGCCACAGCUGGUGAGCAGCGCCGUGGGAAACGCGCUGGAGUACAAGUCCUGGCUGGACAACCUGGCUAAGGAACAGCUGAGCCGCGAGAACAUACAGUCCAGUUUGCUGGAAACGCUCUACCGAAACCGAUCCAACCUGGAGACCAUUUUUAGGAUCAUAGACAGCGACCGUUCAGGGUUCAUCUCGCUGGAUGAGUUCAGGCAGACUUGGAAGCUGUUCAGCUCUCAUAUGAACGUUGACAUCACAGACGACUGCAUCUGCGACCUUGCCCGGAGCAUCGAUUUCAACAAGGACGGCCACAUCGACAUCAACGAGUUCCUGGAGGCUUUCCGCCUCGUGGAGCGGUCCUGCUCCGAGGGCAGUGCCUCAGACGGCUCGCCCGGCACGGACGCUGCCGGCAGUGGCCCCGGCAGGCCGGGAGCACCCUGAGAACAGCCUGCUGCUCGAAGCCCAUGGUGCCUCCUGGGCAAUGCCAAGCUCCUGGCUGGCUUAUCUGCCUCUCUCGCAGAGACUGGUGGGACUUUAUGCUGAGAAUUUGCUGGCCAGUAUGCAUUGGAAUCUCUGGUGCAGACGGACGGGGUGGUGGUGGUGGGCUUGUGUCUAUUUCCACAGGUGUCCCAGCCCCAUCUCAGAAUCUUUACAAAGCAAAAGCCAGGUAAAAGCAUUUUUAAACUUUGAAAUCUACUCCAGUUCCAAACCACUUCAACCUCCUCAUUGCUUUGAUUUUAUACCUUUAUUUAUUGUUUAAAAUAUGUCAUAUUGGUAAAGUUAUGAAAAAUUAUGUGUAAUCCCAUGACCCAAACACAUAGACUUU